GGACAAGCUUGAUGACAAAUUCAGAAUGGUGGACAAGGAACUGGAGUUGUCAAAGGCACGAGUUGAGGAGCUUGUCAGUCAAUGCAGGUUGCAAGCAGAAAAKAAUGAAGGGAUGAACGAGUCCCUGGAGAUAUCAUCCAAGAGAAUUAGGGAGCUCGAGGACCAGCAGAAUGUGGAAAUGGAAAAACUGAGAGGAGCAGAUUCGGAAAACUUGACACUUCGGCAAGAGAUGGAGGAGCUCCGGCAUUCACUCAGUGUAACUCUGGAGGGGAAGGAUGAUCUAGAGAAACAGCUGACAGCCUCAGAGGAAGCUCGGAAGUUGUCAACUUUAGAAAAUGCAGCUUUGGAAGAGCAGAUUGUUAGGGUCAAGGGGCAACUUGAGAUUGCCAAUUCGCAAAUGGAAAGUCUGAGAAAGGCGAUGGAAGCUAUGGACGAGAUGCGGGGCUCCCUCGCUGUCUGUUUGGAGAGGAAGGAUGCUCUCGAGAAACAGCUGAACAUCACAGAGGAAGCUUGGCAUGCCACAGUGUGUGAUAAGGCGGCUCUGGAAGUGGAGCUGGAAAGGGUCGAAGGGGAGCUUGAGAGGUCAAGAGAGCGUGCACUUUGUCUGGAGGAGUCUGUUGCAACCCUCACGGAAACCAGGAAUGGCCAAAUGGAAAAACUGAGAGGAGCAGAUAUCGAAAUUUUGAAACUUAGCAAAGAAGUGGAGCAGUGGAAAGGGACUCUUAAAGUGAGUUCGCAGGAGAAGGAUGAUCUGGAGAAAGAGCUGAAAGCCUCAGAGGAGGCCAGGGAGGUCGUAAUGUCUGAGAAAGCGGGUCUGGAGGAGGAGCUUAAAACGAUGAAGGGAGAGCUUGAGACGUCAAGUGCACGCAUGCAUUGUCUGGAGGAGACUUUGUCGUCCAUUGCGGAAAAACUCAGGGAAGCAAAGAUGGAGAACUUGCAACUUAGCGAAGCUGUGGAGGAGGUGAAGGUGUCUCUUGGUAUCAACUUGCAGAGGAAAAAUGAUCUGGAGAAAGAGCUGGAAGCUUUAGAAGAAAUAAGGCAGGUCGAAAUGUCUGAAAAGGCUGAUCUGGAGGAGGAGCUUAAAACUAUGAAGAGGGAGCUGGAGAGGUCAAAUGCACGUGUGCAGUGUCUGGAGGAGUCUAUUUCAUUCAUCGAGGACGUGAGAAAUGCACAAACGGAAAAACUUAGGGAAGCAGAGAUGGAGACUUCGAAACUUACAAAAGAGAUGGAGGAGACAAAGGUGUCCCUUGGUGUCAGUUUGCAGAGGAAGAGCGAUCUGGAGGAAGAGCUGAAAAUAUUAGAGGAAGCUCGGCAGGCUGCGCUGUCCAACAAGGGUGCUCUGGAGGAGGAACUUGACAGAACAAAGGGGCAACUGGAUAGGUCAAUUGCACUUGCAGGUCGUCUGGGAGAGUCUGUUGCAAUGGUCGAGGAAGCCAGGAAUUUGCAAAUUGAAAGACUGAGAGAAGCAGAGGCGGAGAAUUUGACACUCGUGAAGGAAAUGGAGGGAAUGAAGGGGUCUCUUAGUUUCAGCUCGCAGAGAGAAGCCGAUCUGGAAAAAAUGCUCAAAGCCUCAGAGGAGGCAAGGCAGAUCGUGGUGUCAGAUAAGGCAGAUCUGCAAGAAGAACUUGGUAGAAUUACUGAGGCAUUUGAGGUGGCAAACACACGGGCAGAGGGCAUGGAGGAGUCUGUUGCGGGCAUCUCUGAACUGGAGAAAGUCCAGCAACUGCUCCAACAAACCAUCGAAGCCCAGAAAGAGCAGCUGUUAUCCUCAGAGGGGGAGAAAAUGAGCAUGCUUGCAGAAAAAGAUAAACUGCACAACGAGCUUACGCAAUUGCAGGAGAACCUGCAGGUGUUCCAUCUGAGAGUGGGCGAGCUUGAGGAAGAGUGUUGUCUCAGCGGUGAGAAGCUGAGGGCAGAGGAACAAUCCAGACUACCAGUGAGCGAAGAUGUUGUUGCAGUUAAGAUUAGUCUCCAAGCAAGCAUGCAGCGGGAGGAAGACUUGGCAAAGAGGCUUGCAGAUUCAGAGCAAGGGCGGCUUACCGCAGUUGCAGGAAUGGCAGAUUUAGAAGGAUCGGCACAGGACCUUGCUAGGCGGCUGAACGCAUGUGAGCAAGAGAAGAUCUAUUGCCAGAAGGAACUCGAGAUACUAAAGAAGAGACUUGAAGAUUCUGAGAAGGAGAGGAUGCUACAGGCUGAAAAGCUCAGGAAUGUGAGGGAGGAAGUGGAACGGAGAAUAGAGGAGCAGGCUAGGGCAGCAGGAGAGCAAGAGGUCCAUUGUCAAGGCAUUUUACAGAGACUGGAAGCGAUGGAGUCUGAGAAGGAUGAUGUAUUCCGGAGGCUGGCUGAUGUGGGGAGUCAGUUCAGCAGUGAAAGGGCAACGGCAUCCGAUGCCGUGCACGAGCUCGAGGCGUCAAGGCAGCGGCAUCUUCAGGAGGUUGGUAUUAUUCGUGGAGAACUUGCGAAUGCUCGAAAGGAGCUGAUGCUGAUUAAGUUGCAAUCAACCGCACUGCUCAAGGAGAAGGAAGGGAUGCGUAAGGAGCUUGAGAAAACGAAGGAAAGGAUUGAGAAGAUGGAUGCCAAGCUUAAGAGCACCAUCCAGGAGAAGAACAACCUGGUGACAGAAAAAAUUCAAAUGAAGCGAGAGCUGAAGCUUCUCAGGGGGCAGACCCUAGCCCGUGCAAAAGAUUUGUCGAAGCUUGAGAGCGCAAUAGAUAGGAGGAGAGAGUCCCUGGCAGAGAAGAGGCGGGAGAGUAUUGCUGCACAAAGGAGAGUCAAAUGUCAACUAGGAGAUCUGGAACAGAUGCUUCAGGCAAAGAGUGAAGAACUUCAGAAGAACAAAGUUGGUCUUCGUCGUGCACAGGGCAGGAUGCAGGCACUGGACGCAGAGGUCAGAAACCUGAAGCAGCAACUGGAGGCAAGCAAGGAGGAAACAACAAGGACUGGAGUAGCAGUUGCCUACCAAAUUGAUGAAAUGAUGAGCAAUGCAAGACAAGCAGAGGAGCCGUUGGAGGGACAAUACAGCUUUUUGCAGUGUGUGACAAAUGCUCAUACAGAUCUGAUUGCAGAAGCAUCUGGUGGACUAUCAUCGCUGGGAGAAGAGCAUUAUGGACCAGUAGGGGAAAGGUCCAGAACAGAGAUGCAGGCCAAUUCGAGAGAUGAAGAAUGCUGCAGCAUCACUAAGGCUCGAUGCCAUGAGCUUGAGAAAGAAGUGGCCGAUGCAGAGCAGUAUAAGAGGGCCUUGGAGAAGAGAGUUGGAGACUUAGAGAGCAGGGAGAAGGAGCUUGAAGCUGCAAUGGCGGACGUUAUGUCAAGUGGGUCCCGAGAUCAAGGCCAGAGCGGAGCAGCGGGGCAGCGGAGCAUGUCGAAGGAGAAGGUUGAGGGGUUAAGGGUCCUGCGGGACUAUCCCGCUUGGUUUUUGCGGGGGGGUUCCGACCGCGGGCCCGAGAGUCUUCAGCAGGUGUGUGAUGUGGAUGGCGAGAGCUUCAGCUUGAAUGUCCCAGUAGCAGGAUGCGUUUGGUACUCCGAUCUGGUGCUGAGGUCUGAUCCGGAUAGCAGGUGGCAGACUGGUCUUGAUGUCCCUGUCAGAGGUGCUGCUCCAGAAGUCUGCGAGUCCAGGGUGUCGGCCGAAGGGAACAGCAUGGUGGCCAACCAGCUGUCGUAUCCUCGUACUGAGUUGCAGCAUGCCAUCGUCCUCGUGCACCUGCCAUCAGAUCCAUUAUCGUCGGCGACGCGCAGGGGCCACAUAGGGAACUUGGACAAGAGAGACAAGGAUAUGGCGGAGGACAAAUGGGAGAAGGGGGCGAGACAGAGGCAAGAGCGGAUCAGACAGAGGGAGGAAGUGGGGAUCACAGUCACUGAUGAUGUUCUCGGGGAGGCCGUGAUGGCGUGCGACAUGAUCGAAGAAGAGGGUGGCGACAUCUUUGGCACUGUGCGAAGUUGUGCAAGGGAUGAAGUGGGGGGCUUGUGGUCGGGUCGUCGAGAGAGGGCAUCCGCAACGCGGUUGCUUUUGUCAGGGGUAUGGCAAAUGGUGAGAUCGAACUGGGCAAGGAAGUCUAGCCAGCGGGCUUGGCAUGGAGUGAUAUCUUUCUUGGAGAGGAUGGAGGAGACGGAUGGUGAAGUAUUGCCCGUCGAGGUACGGGCGCCAGACUGUGAGGGCGUGAAUCACGGCGAGGAGUUCCUUCUCGUUGGAGGGGUAAUUCAUCUCGGCGGGAAGGAGCUUCUUGCUUGCGAAGGCGAUGGGGUAUUCGGCGGGUGGAGCCUCGGGGUGAGUGGGCGAGUCCUUGAAUGGCGAGUGGGGUCGGCGAUCUUGAGGAUAGGGGCGGUGGUGAUGGUUUGCUUGAAUGCCUUUAUCGAAGACAAUGUGGUCGAGGUAUUCGACGCUCGAAGAGGCAAAUGUACAUUUGCUGAGCUUGGCGUAGAAUUUCUGCUCUCGGAGGAUCGAGAGGACUUGGCGAAUAUGCUGGAGGUGGGACUCGAAGGUGGGGCUGAAGAUGAGGAUGUCGUCAAGGUACACGACGACACAUUCUUUGAGGAGGUCACAAAAGAUGUGAUUCAUGGUGGACUGGAAUGUGGCGGGGGCAUUGGUGAGUCCGAAAGGCAUUAUGAGGAACUCAAAGUGCUCGAACCGAGAGCGGAAUGCGGUCUUAUAGGUGUCCUCCUCGCGCUUACGGAUAUGGUGGAAGCCACUUCGAAGGUCAAUCUUGGUGAAAUAUUUGGCUCCACGAAGUCGAACAAGGAGCUCGGAGAUCUAAGGUUGGGAGAGGAGGUGGUGUCCUCGGAGGCGAUGUUGUGGAAGAAGCGAGGGCGGGGAGGGGCUGAUGUGGGGAUGGUUAAGGUAAUGGUGGAGGUGGAUACGAGCGGUUUUGAUUGGGGGGGGAUGAUUGAUGACUGUGUGAUGACAGGGGUUGUCGUCUUGGGCGAGGGGGGAUGUGGAGCGACCAUGGUGGAGGUAGUGGUGGAUGAGGGUGAGGGUGUACAGGUGGACGGUGUUGGUGUGGAGGUUGAAGCGGAGGCUUGUCGGGAGGCGGGGGUGGGUUGGGGUGUGGAGGAGGGGCGGGGGAGUUUCCUCGAGCGUGGUGACACGAUCGGAGAUGGCGGCCAUGGUGGUGUUGAUGGUGGCGAGGGAGGAUUUGAGGGCGGUCAACAUUUGGAGGAUAGUUGCGAGUUUCGGGGUGGUGGUGGUCGAAGUUGGCUGAUCGCCUGCGAGUUCGCGGGCAAUGCUGUUGACGGAGUCGGAAUGAAGAUCAGACAUGUUGAUGAAAGAUUGGGCCAUGGUGGGGAAAGCGGGGGAGGAGGAGGAAGGAUGACGAGGAGGGAGGAGGAGGAGGAGGAAGAGGAGGAAGAGGAGGAGGACGACCAAGAAGAUGUAGAAGACGAGGAGGAGGAGGAGGACGACGAGGAGGAGGAGGACGAGGAGGGGGAAGAAGAAGAAGAUGUAGAAGACGAGGAGGACGAGGAGGACGACGAGGAGGAGGACAAGGAGGAGGGGGAAGAAGAAGAAGAUGUAGAAGACGAGGAGGACGAGGAGGAGGACGAGGAGGAGGAGGACGACCAAGAAGAGGAGGAGGAGGAGGAGAGGGAGGACGACGCAAAAGAGGCAGAGGAGGAGAGGAGGAGGGCAGAGGCGGACAGGCAGGACGAGGAAAAAGUGAUGGUCGGGGCAGCACGGGGAGGGGGGUGUUGCCAAGUCAGGGGAGUGGGAGGCCGACUCCCCUACACCCAGGAGCAGCAAGAGAAGAUGGCCGCCAUAGUGAGAGAAAAUAGAGAGAGGAAGGAGCUCUUGAAGCAAGCGAAGUUGAAGGCUAUCGCAGAGGAGCAGGCGACAAAGAUGGAGCUGGAGGAGGAGAUGGAGAAGAAGAAGAAGGCUGCUGAAGAAGAAGCGGCAACCGAAGCAGAGGAGGAGAGAAAACGAAAGGGAAAGGAAGCAGAGAGCAGUGGCGCGAUGAAAGAAGAAGUAGAGAUGGAGAAAAAAAUAAGUGAGUGGAUCGCUAAUUUAUCGUUGGGGGAAGAUGAGGAGGCAGAGUUCUAUGUCCCACAGGACGAGAGAGACGCGCUGGCCAACGAGCUAGCAGCGAUGGAGAACCCUCUGGAACGAAGGGAGAGAGAAGAGGAGAAGAAAUUGGAAUGGAAGCUGAGGAUGAAGAGAGAGAAGAAGAAGAGGAGGGAGGAAGUUAAUAGGUUGACCGCGGAAGUGGCGAAAGUGCAGGAUUGUAGGCGAGAAGUGGGAGCACAGACAAAUAUUUCUGCCAAUAUGGAUAAGAUGUUGGGUUACCUGGAAGUGUUGAGUGCCGCUUGGAUGGAGGAGCGCCAGGCCAGUUGGAGUCAGGAGGUAGCCCUGGGUGCCAUGCGGUCGGGAUUCGGGGAUUUUGCGCGCGAUAUGGUUACCCAUUUUGGAGGGGAAGUUAGGAGAUUGAGAGAUAGCGUGGGGAAGUUCUGUGAAGGCGCCAUUGAGGGUGCCAAAGCCAUAGUCGUUGUAGAGGGAGAGGCCACACCCCGUAAGGAUCCAGUUAAACUUAAGUUUCCUGAUGCACACGGGGGGAAGGAAGAAAACUUUGACAACUGGGAAGCCAUUGUCAAUAGUUAUAUUUAUUUACAACACAUCCUGACAGAGGAGCAAGUUCUCGUGGCCUUCCAGGCCCUCAAGGAUGAAGCGGCAAGUUUCGCUAGGUCCCUCGCUCACGCAGCCGGUUGUGAAAACAACCUGGUUGCUUACUCCAAAGUUACCCCCGUUCCUCAAUUCCUCAAGUUCCUCAAGGAGCGAUUUGUUGACCCAACGAAAGGCAUUAGAGGCUCUGACAAGCUGGAAACAAUCCACUCGCGACAGUGGAGGAGUGCAAGGGCACUCAAAGGAGGAAAGGGCCGAGGAGGAGGAGGAGGAGGAGGAGGAGGCGGAGGAGGAACAGGAGGCGGAGGAAGAAGGAUGACGAGGAGGAGACGGCGGAGGAGGAGGACGAGGAGGAAGGAUGACGAGGAGGAGGAGGAGGAGGAGGAAGAAGAAGAUGUAGAAGACGGCGAGGGGGAGGAGGAGAGGGAGGAGGAGAAGGAAGAAGACGAAGUAGAAGACGAGGAGGAGGAAGAGGAAGAGGAGGAGGAGGAGGAGGGGGAGGAGGAUGAAGAAGAAGAUGCGAAAUAGGAAUAGGAGGAGGAGAAGGAUGAUGAGGAGGAAGAAGAGGACGGGUUCCAGUCGAACAUUUUUCGGUUUAUCGAGAAUUCUGGAUAAACAGGAUGCCGGAUAAAGCAGCCGGAUAUUC